AGGUUGCCUGAAGAAAAUCCUAAUGUAGCAAGAGGAAGCAGGAGUGUCUAUGAACUAGAGUGUAUACCUCUUUGGGGCACAAUCUCAAUUUGCGGUGGAAGAUCUGAAAUGGAGGAUUCUGUUAGAGCUUUACCUCAUUUUCUGAAAAUACCCAUCAAAAUGCUUAUGGGGGAUCAUGAAGGGAUGAGUCCAAGUCUCCCAUAUCUCACUGGCCACUUCUUUGGUGUAUAUGAUGGCCACGGAGGCGCUCAGGUUGCUGACUAUUGUCAUGAUAGGAUCCACUUUGCUUUGGCUGAAGAAAUCGAACGGAUCAAAGAGGAAUUGUGUAGAAGGAACACUGGCGAGGGUAGGCAGGUCCAGUGGGAGAAAGUCUUUCUAGAUUGUUUCCUAAAGGUCGAUAACGAGGUUAAAGGGAAAAUCAACAGACCUGUUGUUGGUUCUUCUGAUAGGAUGGUUCUUGAAGCUGUUUCCCCUGAAACCGUCGGAUCAACUGCUGUGGUUGCUUUGGUUUGUUCAUCGCAUAUAAUAGUCGCAAACUGUGGUGACUCAAGAGCGGUUUUACUCCGAGGCAAAGACUUCAUGCCUUUAUCAGUUGACCACAAACCAGAUAGAGAGGAUGAGUAUGCAAGAAUAGAAAAAGCUGGAGGAAAGGUUAUACAAUGGCAAGGUGCUCGUGUUUCUGGCGUUCUUGCCAUGUCCAGGUCCAUCGGUGAUGAAUAUCUGGAGCCAUAUGUAAUACCAGACCCCGAAGUGAUGUUCAUGCCACGAGCUAGAGAAGACGAGUGUCUUAUAUUGGCCAGUAUCAUGUUGUAA